UAGCUGUGUCACAGAGACCACCAGUUCUACAGGCAUGCUGAACACGCCAUUGGACCGACACACAGACUGACAAUGGACUGACUGGCCCUCUCCACCAGUCCCCUCCCCCUACUGUCUGUGUUUGUGCCUGCUGGAUCCCGGUCGGUAGAUCCUCGGUUACCGUGUGUCAUGGCGUCCAACGGUCGGGCUGGAAGACAUUCCCUGUGGCGGUUCCUCUCGCCGUUCCGGAGCAGGCAGGAGCGUGUGGUGCUGGCGCGAAGCGAAAGCAUGCCGGGGGAACACGUGCUGAAGAUCACCAUCACAGAGACCACGGUGAUCGAGGCAGACUCGGGGGUGUGGAACUCCAAGUCGCUGGUCUACCUGGGCCUGUGGUGCUUCUUCAGCUUCUGCACACUGUUCCUCAACAAGUACAUCCUGUCUCUGCUGGAGGGGGAGCCCAGCAUGCUGGGUAAGGAACAUGUGCACACACAGACACACACUCAAUUUCAGAUGUUCAAUACUCCAAUCAAUAGAUGGUUUGACUCAUCAAUUGGUUGAUUUUAUUCAGGGUACUAAGGGCCUCAGGGGUAGAGGACUACAUUUGUUCAUGUUGUUGUCCCAUGGUUUAUUGGUUUGAAUUGAUUUGUAGGUGCUGUUCAAAUGGUCUCCACCACCAUCAUAGGCUUUCUGAAGAUGUAUGUGCCUUGCUGCCUAUACCAGCACAAGUCCAGGACUGAGUACCCUCCCAACUUCCUCAUGAUCAUGCUGUUUGUGGGGCUCAUGAGGUGGGUCUGCACUGUUAUUGCUCUACUUUCAGCUGCAUAGUUGAAGUUAUUUGGUUGGUUUGUUUCCUUUUGUUAAGUUGGAUGACUAACACUUACAUGACUAGCCUUUAUUUCCAUCAUGACUAACAUUAAUUUAUCAAUAUUUAUGUUGUCAAUCAAUAAAGCAAAUGUAUUUUACAUAAAGCCCUUUUUACAUCAGGGCAAUUAUAUGGUAACAGAGUGAUGCUGAGUCUCAGAUUUGUCACUUGAAAAAAACAAUGAUUGCAAUGUUAAACAAACCAUACAACUCUAUGCACAAGGACUACUUUCCACAGAACAUUUUACAAAAACACAUUUACUUGAACAGUGCAGAAGCAAAGUUUGGUAACAGAAUGACGGUAACAAACUUUUGUUUGACAUACAUUCUAAAGUGCUGAGUCUCAGCAUCACUCUGUUACCAUGGAAUUUCCCAUCAGCAGUUGUCACAAAGUGCUAAACAGAUACCCAGCCUAAAACAGCAAGCAAUGCAAAUGCAGAAGCACAGUGGCUUGCAAAAUCUCCCUAGAAAGGCAUGAACCUAGGAAGAAACCUAGAGAGGAACCAGGCCACAUCUGGCUGUGCCAGGUGGAGAUUAUAAGAGUACAUGGCCAUUAAGGCCAGAUCGUUCCUCAAGACGUUCAAACGUUCAUAGAUGACCAGCAGGGUCAAAUAAUAACCACAGUGGUUAUAGAGACAACCUUUCAACACCUCAGGAGUAAAUGUCAGUUGGCUUUUCGUAGUCAAGCAAUUCAGAGGUUGAGACAGCAGGUCCGGGAGAGAGAGGGUCGAAACAGCAGGUCUGGGACAAGGUAGCACAUCCGGUGAAACAGGUCAGGAAGGGUUCCAUAGCUGCAGGCAGGACUGAAUAUCUACAUUACCAGUCAAAAGUUUGGACACACCUACUUAUUCCAGGGUUUUUCUUUAUUUUUACUAUUUUCUACAUUGUAGAAUAGCGAAGACAUCAAAUCUAUGAAAUAACAUAUGUAAUCAUGUAGUAACCAAAAAAGUGUUAAACAAAUCAAAAUAUUUCCACCGGUCUAAUGUCCAUUGCUCGUGUUUCUUGGCCCAAGCAAGUCUCUUCUUAUUAUUGGUUUCCUUUAGUAGUGGUUUCUUUGCAGCAAUUCGACCAUUAAGGCCUGAUUCACGCAGUCUCCUCUGAGCAGUUGAUGUUGAGAUGUGUCUGUUACUUGAACUCUGUGAAUCAUUUAUUUGGGCUGCAAUCUGAGGUGCAGUUAUUCUAAUGAACUUAUCCUCUGCAGCAGAGGUAACUCUGGAUCUUCCUUUCCUGUGGCGGUCCUCAUGAGAGCCAGUUUCAUCAUAGCGCUUGAUGGUUUUUGCGACUGUAUUUGAAGAAACUUUCAAAGUUCUUGAAAUUGUCCGUAUUGACUGACCUUCAUGUCUUAAAGUAAUGUUGGACUGUCGUUUCUCUGCUUAUUUGAGCUGUUCAGCUGGUUGAGAGAAUUCCAAGGGAGUGCAAAGCUGUCAAGGCAGCAUGUAGAAAAUAGUAAAAAAUAAAGAAAAAUCCUGUAAUGAGUGGAGAGAGCGAGAGAGAGAACCGUACACCAGAUAGGACAGACUGACCCAAGCCCCCCGUCACAUAGGCUUUUGCAGCAUAGAUACUGGGAGUGGACACUGUGGCCCUGUCCAAAGUUACCCCUGGACGGGGCCAAGCAGGCAGGACCAUUUGUUGUGACCAUUUGAGAGUGUUGCUUCCAUGGGAGAAGUGUCAGUGCUACAAAAAUGGCCAUUGAACCUAAUGGCCACACCAGUAGAAAUCUACUUUUUCGAGCUGAAAAACAAUGGCCAGAGCUUACCCAUGAUGUUGCACAACGAUGUAAGUCAAUAAGUCAUCGUUUUAGUCAAAGUAUUAUAUGUAUUUGGGCUUGAAGUGCCAAAUCCGAAUGUGUGACUUCGGACGUUCCCGUGAGUCUUACAUAUAUUUUUCUAUGUGAUGACGUGCAAAUUCUUUUCAGCCUACGUUUCGUUACAGGCUGUGGCCUUGUGAUUAGUUCCUGCCCUGAGAUUGGAAGGUUGGGAGUUCGAUCCUCGGCCGAGUCAUACCAAAGACUGUAAAAAUGGGACCUGAUGCGUCUCUGCUUGACACUCCGCAUAAAAGAGAAAGAUUGGGGGCAAGGCCCUGCGAUAGACUAGCGUCCUGUCUAGCCAAGGCUCGUGCAUGGCUACUUACCCACCAGCAUGGCUUAUUAAUCAAAAACACCUGCUGCAAAGUUAUUUCUAUUCGCGAGUCGUCUGAGAGCCAAACAGCUUUUCUCUGUAGCCUACACUUGGUUUUCCACUAAAACAGCCACAAAGGCAAAAUUGGCUAUAUUGUACAAAUUCAUGAAAACAAAAAUGACCUUUUUGUUGUUAAUUUAAGGUUAGGCUAAGGUUAGCAGUGUUGUUAGUGUUAAAAUCUAAUUUUAAGAAGAGAAAAUGUAGAAAUAGACAUGGUUUACGACUUUGGUUGCGUUAACUAGUGACGACCCUACACUUGGCCGCCUUGCCAUUGAGCAAAUUAAAAUAGGGGAUGCAAACUAAUGUUUUUGCACCGCCCCUUUUUUACCAGCAUGUUAUCAUAAUCCAUUAGAUCAUUUGUCAAGUUUCACUUAUUUUUUUAGCUAGUUUGCAUUUAAAAAAUGCAAUUUUAUAAAUGGUAAAAUUGCAUGAUAUGAUUGCAUUUUAGAACCUCGCUCCCCCUGUUGCCCCAAGAUGAAUGGUUUUGAUUACUAACGUUUUAGGAAAACUCGUUACGCAUGGCUCGGUGACCCGGGUGUGCAGGGUUUGCUCAUUUUCUACCAUUCCAUUGAUCCUAAAGAGAAAUCUCCACCCACCCAGGGCACUGGGCCAUGCAAAACAAACAUUGCUUCAAUACAUUCUUCACACAGUUCAAUAUUUAGGCUAUCCAUAUUACCGGAGUUUAUAUUCUUGCUAUUUCUAUGGCGGAUUCGUGGUCGCAAUUUAGACAAUGCAUUGGUAUAUAGCUCGCUAGCUUACUGAAUUGAUAACAGAGAGAACAAAGAAUAUAGCUAUUUGAUAAUAGCAAUAUAAUGUCCGACACUGUUUCACUAGAAUUAUCAAACGGCAAGAGUCAGACAAUCGUCAACAGCUCGUAUAGGCACGGUUUAGCUUAGACUCAUCUCUUGACAGGUAGGCUGGCAGUCUUUUUCAGGAAAAAUUAUUUUCACCUGAUUUAAGGCGCCAGUAUGCAUCAGUUCGGCUGGCCGAACCGAACCAGUGUGCUGCGUACUCCCUUCUCUUGAAAAACCAGAAAAAAGCGGCAAUAGUACUGUUUGUCCAUUUUGAGUGCCGUAGCCAGUAUACACUUCCUCAAAAUAGUCAGAGUUAAUCUAAGAUAACUCAAGAAAUCUGUCAUUAAUUUUGACGUUUUUGUCUAAGACAUUUUUCAACUAACUAUGAUGUUUGGUGCAGUAUUUUUCACAAAAUUUUUUUUGCAUCAAAACGACUCAUCUCUCAUUGAAUGUCAACAAAUACUUUAUUGAAGAAUACCUAUUUUUGACCACUCACAGAAGAAGGGGCGUAGACUUUGGCUCCGAACUAAAGCUUGCCUCCAGAAAAAAUAUUCUGUUCCCGAACAACCGACAAAAACCUAACUGAAGUCCAAAACGAACAAAAACGUUGUCAUAAAAUAUGCACGAACUCUACCAAACUGUUUCGGCAAGGAAGCAUGCGGACUCCUUUACAGUAUGCCUGUCUUAACUAAAAUGGUGCUCACAACUUUCAUUAGCUGACUGUUAGCUUAGCAUGCUAGCUAGUUACACUGACAGCUGUCUGUCAGUGCCCUAUUUGUUAUUUCUCUGCUACACGUGGAAAUCACCACAACGUUCCCACCCCCAAUUCCUGAAUAUGUAUUAGCAGCCUGCGUCAGUCUUCGAAGUGGAACCUAAAUGAGAAAUUCCGCUCUAGGACAGGAAUACUCGGGAAUAGGUGCGGCAACUUCCUCUGAGGUGGGCCUUUAAAUGGCCGCUAAACAGUUACAUUUGAGGUAAGUGCGAUGCUUGCAACGCAAUCUCAGCUCAUUACAUUUACAUUUAAGUCAUUUAGCAGAUGCUCUUAUCCAGAGCGACUUACAGGAGCAAUUAGGGUUAAGUGCCUUGCUCAAGGGCACAUCGACAGAUUUUUCACCUAGUCAGCUCGGGGAUUAGAACCAGCGAUCUUUCGGUUACUGGCACAACGCUCUUAACCACUAAGCUACCUGCCGCCAUCGAUCAUUACAGGUAAACAGUUUGACAAUCUGGAAAAGGGAUAGUCAGUGUAGCAGAGGUUAGGAGUGGUUGUGGUGUGGGAUUGUCUUCUGGUCUGAAUGCCACUAACCUGUCCUGUUCUACAGGUUUACUAGUGUGGUGCUGGGACUGGUGAGCCUGAAGAAUGUGGCCGUUUCCUUUGCCGAGACAGUGAAGAGCUCAGCGCCUAUCUUCACUGUCAUCAUGUCUAGGCUGAUCCUAGGGGAAUACACAGGUAAAGCACACUGUAAAGACCCUGGCUCAGUUCCAAUCCAGAAAAAUCCUUCACCAUGCCCAUAUACAGUGUUGUGAAAAAGUAUUUGCCCCCUAUCUGAUUUUUAAUUGGACCCAUCUCAUCCAAAAAGUUGCCAAAAAGCACCUGGAUGAUCAUCAAGACUCUUGGAAGAAUUUUCUAUGGACAGAUGAGUCAAAAGUAUAACUUUUUGGACGACAUGGUAACCAUUAUGCCUGCCGAAAACCAAACACUGCAUUCCACAGUAAGAACCUUAUAACAAUGGUCAAGCAUAGUGGUGGUAGUGUGAUGGUUUGGAGAUGCUUUGCUGCCUCAGGACCUGGACGACUUGCCUUAAUAGAAGGAACCCUGAAUUCUGCUCUGUAUAAGAGAAUUCUACAGGAGAAAGUCAGGCCAUUCGCCUGUGAGCUGAAGCUGAAGCGCAGCUUUGUAGCAAGACAAUGAUUCAAAACACAAUCAAGUCUACAUGAAAAUGGUUAAAAAGCAACAAAUGUGACAUUUUGGAAUAGCCUAGUCAAAGUCCAGACCAAAUCCCAAUUGGGAUGUUGUGGCAGGGCUUGAAACAAGCAGUUCAUGCUUGAAAACCCACAAAUGUCGCAGAGUUAAAGCAGUUCUGCAUGCAAGAGUGGGCCACAAUUCCUACACAGAAAUGUGAGAGACUGAUCAACAACUACAGGAAGCAUUUGGUUGCAGUCAUUGCAGCUAAUUUUGGCACAACCAGUUAUGAAGUGUAAGGGGACAGUUACUUUUUCACACAGGGGAAUUGGGUGUUGCAUAACUUUGUUAACUAAAUACAUAAGUAAUUUUUUGUUGUUGUUAUUUGUAAACUCAGGUUCCCUUGAUAUAAUAUUAGGUUUUGGGUGAAGAUCUGAUAAUUCAGUAUGAAAAAUAUGCAAAAAUAGAGAAAAUCAGAAAGGGGGCAAAUAAUUUUUCACAGCGCUGUAUGCACUCUUCAUUAUGUUCUUUGGAUUCUGUCUGUGUUUCAUUCUGAAAACAUUCCCCUCUCUAGUAUUUCCUUAGGUGUUGUUUGGCUUCCUGGGUGGCUAAAAUGCAGAGGCCGGGAAAUAGUUGCCUAUAUUCUUUAUGGGGGUACUUGUUUCCGAAAAUCCUUUUACUGAAGGCAUAUCUAUUAUACGUAACGCCUUGUCCGUCCAUCUGGAUUGUACAGUGGCUUUUUUCCUUUUUUGUUGCCUUACAACCUGGAAUUUAAAUUGAUUUUUGUUUGGAUUUCAUGUAAUGGACAUACACAAAUUAGUUGAAUUUGGUGAAGUGAAAUGAAAAAAAUAACUUGUUUCAAAAAAAUUCAAAAAAAUAAAUCACAGAAAAGUGGUGUGUGCAUAUGUAUUCACCCCAUCAUCGGCAGGGACUGGGAAACUGGUCAGAAUUGAAGGAAUGAUGAAUGGCGCUAAAUACAGGGAAAUUCUUGAGGGAAACAUGUUUCAGUCUUCCAGAGAUUUGAGACUGGGAAGGAGGUUCACCUUCCAGCAGGACAAUGACCCUAAGCAUACUGCUAAAGCAACACUCGAGUGGUUUAAGGGGAAACAUUUAAAUGUCUUGGAAUGGCCUAGUCAAAGCUCAGACCUCAAUCCAAUUGAGAAUCUGUGGUAUGACUUAGAUUACUGUACACCAGCGGAACCCAUCCAACUUGAAGGAGCUGGAGCAGUUUUGCCUUGAAGAAUGGGCAAAAAUCCCAGUGGCUAGAUGUGCCAAGCUUAUAGAGACAUACCCCAAGAGACUUGAAGCUGUAAUUGCGGCAAAAGGUGGCUCUUCAAAGUAUUGACUUUGGGGGGGUGAAUAGUUAUGCACGCUCAAGUUCUGUUUUUUUGUCUUAUUUCUUGUUUGUUCAACAAACAAAAAAUAUUUUGCAUCUUCAAAGUGGUAGGCAUGUUGUGUAAAUCAAAUUAUACAAACCCCCAAACAAUCAAUUUGAAUUCCAGGUUGUAAGGCAACAAAAUAGGAAAAAUGCCAAGGGGGGUGAAUACUUUCUCAAGCCACUGUAUAAUGUGUGGAUAUGUGUAUAGAAACCGUCUGAACCACAGUGGUAGGUACGCCCUAGUGACUAGCGCAUCUUGCGCGCUGUCUACCACAGCCGAGUUAUACACUAUAUAUAUACAAAAGUAUGUGGACACCCCUUCAAGUUAGUGGAUUCGGCUAUUUCAGCCACACCCGUUGCUGACAGGUGUGUAAAAUCAAGCACACAGCCAUGCAAUCUCCAUAGACAAACAUAGGCAGUAGAAUGGCCCAUACUGAAGAGCUCAGUGACUUUCAACGUGGCACCGUCAUAGGAUGCCACCUUUCCAACAAGUAAGUUCGUCGAAUAUCUGCCCUACUAGAGCUGCCCCGGUCAACUGUAAGUGCUGUUAUUGUGAAGUGAAAACGUCUAGGAGCAACACCGGCUCAGCCGCGAAGUGGUAGGCCACACAAGCUUAUAGAAUGGGACCACCGAGUGCUGAAGCGCCUAGCGCGUAAAAAUCGUCUGUCCUCGAUUGCAACACUCACUACCGAGUUCCAAACUGCCUCUGGAGACAACGUCAGCACAAUAACUGUUAGUCGGGAGCUUCAUGAAAUGGGUUUCUAUGGCCGAGCAGCCGCACACAAGCCUAAGAUCACCAACCCUUCACUAUCUGACGGACGAAUCUGGGUUCGGCAGAUGCCAAGAGAACGCUACCUGCCCCAAUGCAUAGUGCCAACUGUAAAGUUUGGUGGGGGAGGAAUAAUGGUCUGGGGCUGUUUUUCAUUGUUUCGGGCUAGGCCCCUUAGUUCCAGUGAACUUAACGCUACAGCAUACAAUGACAUUCUAGAUCAGGGGUGUCAAACUCAUUUUAGCUCAGGGGCCACAUGGAGGAAAAUCUAUUCCCAAGUGGGCCGGACCGGAAAAAUCAUGGUAUAUAUAACUUAAAAACAACAACUUCAGAUUGUUUUCUUUGUUUUAAUACGAUCAACAUACAACAUAAAGCUGGAGCCUGAGGACAGUGUGUCCAAAAUAGUACAAGCACAACAUCACUAUUAAUCAUAAAACACCUGAAGUUUAUUUGAAAAUUCUAAAGAAAAAGAACACACAAACACAAAAUGCCUCAGUGAUUAACAGAACUGUUUCACAGAUCACAGAACUAUAUCAGGGUGUCAUUUCUCAGGCAGAAAUGUAGAUACAAAUAAUGAAAUCCUGUUCCCCAAACAAGUGCAAGAACCACAGAGUCAAGAAUAGGUUAAAUAUACAAAUAAAAUCAAUUAAAAACAAUAGCACAUCAACAUAAAAACAUAUAAACAUAAAGCUGGAGCCUGAGGACAGUGUCCAAAAGCACAACAUCACUAUUAAUCAUAAAACACCUCAAGUUAUUUGAAAGUUCUGAGGACAAAGAACACACAAACACACACAAUGCCUCAGUGAUUCACAGAAGUAUAUCACAGAUCACAGAACUAUAUCAGGGUGUCAUUUCUCAGGCAGAAAUGUAGAUAAAAAUAAUGAAAUCCUGUUCCCCAAACAAGUGCAAGAACCACAGAGUCAAGAAUAGGUUAAAUAUACAAAUAAAAUAAAAUCAAUUAAAAACAAUAGCACAUCAACAUAAAAACAUAUAAACAUAAAUCUGAAAGCGUUGCUCAAACUCCCGUAACAGUCCCGUUAUUUUAUCUUUGAACCGCUUCAUGUCUGCCACAUGUUGGGUCGCGCACACAUUUUUCAGACAGGGGAAGUGAGCUGCAUCACCACCGGCAAGUUGCGUCUCCCACAAUGACAGCUUCAACUUGAAAGAACGUAUGCUGUCAUAAUACUGCGUGACAACUUUGUUGCACCCUUGCAGCUGUUUGUUCAAGUUAUUCAGGUGCUCUGUAACAUCCACCAUAAAUGCAAGGUCCUGCAUCCAUUCUGCGGAAUGAAAUUCUAACACUGGUUUGCCCUUUUCUUCCAUGAACUGUUCAAUAUCUUCUCGUAAAUCAAAGAAACGCCUCAGCACAGCACCUCGGCUUAACCAUCUUACCUCAGUGUGGUAUGGCAGGCCAUAGAUGUGGUCUUUCUCUCUGAGAAGGCUGUCAAACUGACGGUGAUUCAGGCUUCUGGAUCGGAUGAAAUUAACAGUUUGGAUGACCACCUUCAUGACGUUAUCCAUCUUUAAUGACUUGCAACACAAAGCCUCCUGGUGCAAAAUACAGUAAAAAGUCAAAAAAUCACGUCCUCCAUUUGCAGAUUGCACUUUCUCUCUGAACUUUGUCACAACGCCUGCUUUUUUUCCCGAUCAUUGAGGGCGCACCAUCUGUAGCCAGGCUGACAGCGCGGGACCAGUCCACUCCGACCCUGUCCAGCGCGCCGACGAGUGCGGUAAAAAUAUCAGCUGCUGUCGUUGUAUCUGUCAUCGGCACCAACUCCACGAACUCCUCGGUGACGUUUAAUGUGUCAUCAACUCCGCGGAUGAAAAUGGCCAGUUGUGCAACAUCUGUAAUGUCCGUGCUUUCAUCAAUUGCAACCGAAAACGCAAUAAAUGACUUUACUUUUUGCUUCAACUGGCUGUCCAAAUCCACUGAAAGAUCGGAAAUCCUGUCUGCAACUGUGUUUCUUGUCAGGCUGAUAUUUGCAAAAGCCUGCCGCUUUUCAGGGCACACAAUCUCCGCUGCCUUCAUCAUGCAUGUUUUUACAAAUUCACCCUCACUUAAUGGUUUUGAAGCCACUGCGAUUUCAUUAGCAAUGAGGUAGCUAGCUUUCACUGCAGCGUCACUGAUGUCUCGGCUGUGAGUAAACACAGACUGCUGUUUCUUCAGACCCGCCAACAGUUCAUUCACCUUCUCUCAUCUCCGCUGUCCUUGAAAGUUGUCAUAUUUGUCGGCAUGAAGACUCACAUAGUGGCGACGAAGGUUAUAUUCUUUCAGCACUGCAACAUGCUCUGAACACACCAAACAUACAGCUUUCCCAUUCAAUUCAGUGAAUAAAUAGGAUGACCAUUUUUCUUGGAACACUCUGCACUCUGCGUCCACUUUUCUCUUUUUUGACAGAGACAUAUUGGGGCAAUGAGGGUGCCAAAGCACAUAAUGUUAAAAGUAGAAGCCGUAAUAAAUAUCGCGGGCAAAACAAAGUAGCUCAUUGGCUGCACGUGCUUGACCUACUUGCUCUGCCCCGGUAUAAACAGUUUGCUUGCUUAACACAAUUGCUAUUGCGCCAUCCAGUGGACGCAAUUGGAACAGCAGUUUAUUUUAUUGAAAAAUUGCAGCGCAUUUUUAUACUUUACAAAAUUUAUAUAUAUAUAUAUAUAUAUAUAUAUACACACACACACACACAGUGGGGAGAACAAGUAUUUGAUACACUGCCGAUUUUGCAGGUUUUCCUACUUACAAAGCAUGUAGAGGUCUGUAAUUUUUAUCAUAGGUACACUUCAACUGUGAGAGACGGAAUCUAAAACAAAAAUCCAGAAAAUCACAUUGUAUGAUUUUUAAGUAAUUAAUUUGCAUUUUAUUGCAUGACAUAAGUAUUUGAUCACCUACCAACCAGUAAGAAUUCCGGCUCUCACAGACCUGUUAGUUUUUCUUUAAGAAGCCCUCCUGUUCUCCACUCAUUACCUGUAUUAACUGCACCUGUUUGAACUUGUUACCUGUAUAAAAGACACCUGUCCACACACUCAAUCAAACAGACUCCAACCUCUCCACAAUGGCCAAGACCAGAGAGCUGUGUAAGGACAUCAGGGAUAAAAUUGUAGACCUGCACAAGGCUGGGAUGGGCUACAGGACAAUAGGCAAGCAGCUUGGUGAGAAGGCAACAACUGUUGGCGCAAUUAUUAGAAAAUGGAAGAAGUUCAAGAUGACGGUCAAUCACCCUCAGUCUGGGGCUCCAUGCAAGAUCUCACCUCGUGGGGCAUCAAUGAUCAUGAGGAAGGUGAGGGAUCAGCCCAGAACUACACGGCAGGACCUGGUCAAUGACCUGAAGAGAGCUGGGACCACAGUCUCAAAGAAAACCAUUAGUAACACACUACGCCGUCAUGGAUUAAAAUCCUGCAGCGCACGCAAGGUCCCCCUGCUCAAGCCAGCGCAUCUCCAGGCCCGUCUGAAGUUUGCCAAUGAUCAUCUGGAUGAUCCAGAGGAGGAAUGGGAGAAUGUCAGGUGGUCUGAUGAGACUAAAAUAGAGCUUUUGGUCUAAACUCCACUCGCUGUGUUUGGAGGAAGAAGAAGGAUGAGUACAACCCCAAGAACACCAUCCCAACCGUGAAGCAUGGAGGUGGAAACAUCAUUCUUUGGAUAUGCUUUUCUGUAAAGGGGACAGGACGACUGCACCGUAUUGAGGGGAGGAUGGAUGGGGCCAUGUAUCGCGAGAUCUUGGCCAACAAUCUCCUUCCCUCAGUAAGAGCAUUGAAGAUGGGUCGUGGCUGGGUCUUCCAGCAUGACAACGACCCGAAACACACAGCCAGGGCAACUAAGGAGUGGCUCCGUAAGAAGCAUCUCAAGGUCCUGGAGUGGCCUAGCCAGUCUCCAGACCUGAACCCAAUAGAAAAUCUUUGGAGGGAGCUGAAAGUCCGUAUUGCCCAGCGACAGCCCCGAAACCUGAAGGAUCUGGAGAAGGUCUGUAUGGAGGAGUGGGCCAAAAUCCCUGCUGCAGUGUGUGCAAACCUGGUCAAGACCUACAGGAAAAGUAUGAUCUCUGUAAUUGCAAACAAAGGUUUCUGUACCAAAUAUUAAGUUCUGCUUUUCUGAUGUAUCAAAUACUUAUGUCAUGCAAUAAAAUGCAAAUUAAUUACUUAAAAAUCAUACAAUGUGAUUUUCUGGAUUUUUGUUUUAGAUUCCGUCUCUCACAGUUGAAGUGUACCUAUGAUAAAAAUUACAGACCUCUACAUACUUUGUAAGUAGGAAAACCUGCAAAAUCGGCAGUGUAUCAAAUACUUGUUCUCCCCACUGUAUAUAUAUUUUUUUUAUCAUCUCGCGGGCCGGAUUAAACCCGUUUGCGGGCCUGAUCCGGCCCGCGGGCAGGACGUUUGACACCCCUGUUCUAGAUGAUUCUGUGCUUCCAACUUUCAAAUCAAAUCAAAUCAAAUGUUAUUGGUCACAUGCACUGAAUACAACAGGUGCAGACAUUACAGUGAAAUGCUUACUUACAGUCCUUAACCAACAGUGCAUUUAUUUUAAACAACAAAAAAAAAGUUAAAAUAAAACAACAACAAAAAAAAGUGUUGAGGAAAAAAAAGAGCAGAAGUAAAAUAAAGUGACAGUAGGGAGGCUAUAUAUACAGGGGGGUACCGUUGCAGAGUCAAUGUGCGGGGGCACCGGCUAGUUUAGGUAAUAUGUACAUGUGGGUAGAGUUAAAGUGACUAUGCAUAAAUAAUUAACAGAGUAGUAGCAGUGGCAACAGUUUGGGGAAGGCCCUUUCCUGUUUCAGCAUGACAAAGCCCCCUGUGCACAAAGCGAGGUCCAUACAGAAAGGGUUUGUCGAGAUCGGUGUGGAAGAACUUGACUGGCCUGCACAGAGCCCUGACCUCAACCCCAUCGAACACCUUUGGGAUGAAUUGGAGCCAGGCCUAAUUGCCCAACAUCAGUGCCCAACCUCACUAAUGCUCUUGUGGCUGAAUGGAAGCAAGUCCCCGCAGCAAUGUUCCAACAUCUAGUGGAGCCUUCCCAGAAGAGUGGAGGCUGUUAUAGCAGCAAAGGGGGGGCCAACUCCAUAUUAAUGCCCAUGGUUUUGGAAUGAGAUGUUUGACGAGCAGGUGUCCACAUACUCUUGGCCAUGUAGUGUAUAUCCACACCUACAGUGAGCUCCGAAAGUCUUGGGACAGUGACCGAUUUUUGUUUGUUUUUGCUCUGUACUCCAGCACUUUGGAUUUGAAAUGAUACAAUGAAUAUGAGGUUAAAGUGUAGACUGUCAGCUUUAAUUUAAUUUUCAUCCAUAUCGGGUGAACCGUUUUAGAAAUUACAGCACUUUUUGUACAUUCUGUAUUCCCCCCAUUUUUAGGGCACCAAAAGUAUUGUGACAAAUUCACUUACGCGUAUUAAAGGAGUAAAAAUAAAAGUAUUUGGUCCCAUAUUCAUAGCAGGCGAUGACUACAUCAAGCUUGUAACUCUACACAUUUGUUGGAUGUAUUUGCUGUUUGUUUUGGUUGUGUUUCAGAUUAUUUUGUGCUCAAUAGAAAUUAAUGGUAAAUAUUGUUUUGUAUCAUUUUGGAGUCACUUUUAUUGUAAAUAAGAAUAGAAUAUGUUUCUAAACACUUCUACAUUAAUGUGGAUGUUACCAUGAUUAAAUAUAAUCCUGAAUUAAUCGUGAAUAAUGAGUGAGAAAGUUAGACGCACAAACAUCAUACCCCCAAGACAUGCUAACCUCUCACCAUUACAAUAACAGGGGAUGUUAGCAUUUUUCGGGGGUAUGAUAUUUGUGCAUCUAAUUUUCUCACUUGUCAUUAUUCACGAUUAAUUCAGGAUGAUCCGUAAUCAUGGUAGCAUCCACAUUAAUCUAGAAGUGUUUGUAAGUGAAUUUGUCCCAAUACCUUUGGGGGGACUAUGUACAAAAAGUGCUGUUAUUUCUAAAUGGUUCACCUGAUCUGGAUGAAAAUGCCCCUUUAACCUCAUAAUCAUCGUAUCAUUUCAAUUCCAAAGUGCUGGAGUACAGAGCCAAAACAACAAAAUGUGUUACUCUCCCAAUACUUUAGGGUUAAGUGUUGUGCAGAUAGCUGACGUGUGUGUGUUUGUGUGUACACUACUGUAGGGAUGUGGGUGAACCUGUCCCUAUUUCCUGUCAUGGCUGGCCUGGCCCUCUGCACUGCAACAGAGAUCAGUUUUAACAUGCUGGGCUUCUCCGCAGCCCUCUCCACCAACAUCAUGGACUGGUACUCGCACACAGUAACACAAUAGUACCCGUAUUUAUGACGUUUCUCACAUUUCACAGCUUUGUCUUUUCAGGGCAAUGUGACACCACCACACAUUCUCAUGGUUCUCUUCAUAUUCCCUCUAUCAGUUUACAGAAUGUUUUUUCAAAGAAGCUACUAAGUGGAGACACCUACAAAUUCAGGUAAGUUGUUUUUAGUACUUCCUAUUUUGUAAUAUACAGAACUAAAUUAAUUUAUUACGCCCAGUUUUAUAUCCUGUACUGGAUAAUAAUUCCUGUUAUAUCAUAGGAAUACAAAAAAACACAAUACAUCACAAAGUGUAUUGUUAACAGAUGUGUAAAGAAUUUGAGGAAUUUGAUGUUGAACUGUUGACUGUAGAUUAUAGGAUGUGAAGUAGUUACCGGUAUCUGUACUGAAUAAAAUACUUGUUCCCGUGUCCUGUUUAGCCCUCCAGAACUGCAGUUCUACACCAGUGCAGCUGCAGUCAUUAUGCUUAUACCUGCCUGGGUCUUCCUAAUGGUCAGUCACGUAUAUUACUGUACUAUUGAAUGUAUUACAUUUUGGUAUUCCACAUUUAUGAUUGACAGUUAAUGGGUGCUCUGAACAUUCUGUUUAACAUUUGUUACAGUAACUGAAAAUGAAUGUCUAUAUUUCUUAGUAUAUUGUAUUAGCAAAAUAACUAAUAUGAUGAUAAUAGUGCAUAAAUGUCAUCCCUUCUAUAUUAGAAAAGUAUAUGUGUCCAGCAGGCUGACGUCAUGGUAAUUGGAGUGCACCCUGCACACAGUGCUCUGGUGUAACGACAGUAGGCCGCUAUUGUUGACAAGAAGUUCCCAGACUGUGGCCUAAUAAUUGAGCUUCAUGACCUGGAGUAUAUUGUGUAGCCUAGUGUGUACCGGUCUCCAUUUGUUUUGAAUACAGUACUGUGUUGUGCAGUUAAAGAUACUGAUAGCAGAUACAAAUGAUAGAAAAUACUAUUACCAUCAUAAUGACUAUAGCCUAAUACCUGUUUACGUUGAAAAAUGCUGUUUACGUUUUAAGUUGGUUAACAAUGAAAGUGCCAAGUUAGCAACUUGAUCUGGUAUUUGGUUUGAGGCUGUUACAGUUUGAAGGUGUUAUCCCAUGCUCCUUUGUGCCUCCAGGACCUUCCAGUGAUUGGGAAGAGUGGGCGUUCGUUCAGCUGGAGUCAAGACAUUGUUCUGCUGCUGCUGUUUGAUGGGGUCCUGUUCCACCUGCAGAGUGUCACCGCCUACGCCCUCAUGGGGCGCAUUUCUCCCGUCACCUUCAGGUAGGAGUUUGACACACUCAGGCAGGGGGGCAUUUCAAUUCAGUUAACCAUAAUUCCCAUCAUUUUUUAUUUAUUUUUUACCUCCGUGCAGAUGAAGGAAAGUAGAUAAGGAUAGAGAGCCACUUGAAACUAUUGAGAUGCCCCCCACUCCCAGUCACUUUCAGGUGGAAAACACUAAGCACUAUUAUCCUUGACAGUCAUCACAUUUAGACAGGCAGUCUGUCAGACAGAUGGACAGUAGUCACAUAAAAAAAUAAAUUGUGGAGCAGUGUCUAACACCCUCCCCUUGCCUCCACAGUGUUGCCAGCACAGUGAAGCACGCCCUGUCUAUCUGGCUGAGCAUCAUUGUGUUCAGUAACCACAUCACGGUGCUCAGCGCUGCCGGCACGGCCCUGGUAUUUGUAGGCGUGCUGCUGUACAACAAGGCCAAGCAGUUUCAGAGAGACACCUUACAGGCCAUGGCCCACGCCCAGGCUCAGGACCAACACAACAAACCACUACUGCAGGACCACGAGCUCAAAGCAUCGGACCGAUAGACUCCCCAGAAGACCAAGGAGGGAGAGACCAAGGAGGUCUGUUCUUCUUAACUUUGAUCAUGUAGAACCUGAUAUGCAGACUAUUUGACUAGACCAUGUUUUUACUCGCACCAGCAUUAUGACAAAUCGGGAAGUCAACGGUCAUCAUAGCACAGUGGAAGGAUCUGUCGCUCAAGUGGGGUUUCUCUCAGUGGGAAUUGUCCAUUUGAGAGGCUGGUUUCAUUCAGCCUCACCUUGAUUCACUCUCUGAUGAUACCUUUGUGAACUUGCGGUCUGAACGCGGACCAGUGUUUGACUCUGGUCUGGUGUGUUUAAACGUCACUUCACCGUUCACUUUUACACUGUCAAUUCCUUUUGUUGUUCCAUUCCCUCACCUGAAAUAUUUAAUAUGGUUUCGAAACACGAGCAAACUCAGGAUUUCUCUCAAUGUUCAUUGGUGGAAGUGGUUCAAUGCAAGUAAAAAAAAAUCUGCAUACUUGCCUUUAUGAUUAUUAUAAUUUUUUUAAUGUUUUAUUGAGUCUUACAUUUUUCGGUUAUGGGCACACAUUCUCGUUGACAAAACAGCUUUAUUCUCCUGAUCAUUGGCGAAGGUCCAUGAACAUGUAGAACAGUCAAGGCAUUCAUUCAUUCCAAUAGGGCAUUAGCUCAGCUGUAUACCAAUUGAUCACAAGUGUAAAGCAAAUAUUUGAGGCAUUAGCCUGACCACAAAGGUGUGUCUUACCCUCGGGGGAGAUGAGGUAGAGAGGGUAACGCUUAUUUGUUUUCCCAAAGCUCACCUUUGACACUGAACUUCUCACAGCAAUGUGAAAUAUUUGAAAACCUUGAGUGCAGUCUGCAGAGGUCGUAUCAUCAUCUGCAGGUCUUAGAAAUUCACCUAGCAACCAUUUUUAUUUUUGCAAAGCUUUCUUUAGGUUACUAUUGUGUUGGUUCUUCAUUUUCUUGUUGUUCUUGAACAGAACCUAAAAAGGUUCUUUCAGUUUCAACAUAGCUAGGUGUUGAGAGAUUGAUUUGGGCUUAUGUGGCAUUGUGUAGCUUUCUGCAUCCGUCUUACUUUCUGUGCCACAUUUAACCUUAUUUGCUAAGAGUCAGUUGAAUAAGGGAGACUUGAUGUACUUUAUUUCAAGUGCUUAGCAUAUUGUUAAUGAAACUGUUAUGUCUUGAAUACAUUCCUUUGUUGUCUUUGCAUUCUUGUUCAACAAUGAAUGUAUUUUUAGUAAUUCUGGUUGUGAAACGCCCCAAGGUAUCUCAACCAUUUUAACCAUAUCCUCUCAGCCAUUUCUGUAUAUUACCAUUUUGGUGAUGUAAUCUAAUAUUUGCAUUAAACAAGCUAAGUUAAAUAGAUUCUGUUGUGGAAUCUCCAAAGACUGAUUUACUCAAUGCUGCCUGACAAUAGAGAGCGAGAACAAGCGAUCAGACUGUGGGUGUACAACUAUUGUCCUCUAGGCCUGUAUUCUAUGCUGUUUUUUUGUCCUUGCCUUUUAACUUGGGACUGGAUUAUAUCUGCAUAACCAGGUGUGACUUCCUUGGCCAAUCAAUGACACUUUGAGGAAUUAAGCACCAGGGAGAAACAAAAACCAGAAGGAAUUUGGCCCCAAGGACGGCCAUCACUAGUUACCACCGCCACAAAGUAAUAAACCCCGCCUAUUUCUACAAU